CGGAGUAAUCGAAACUGCAGGAGGGGGGUCUCUUCCGGCUAUGCGUGGUCACAUUUAACCAUGUGACCGGAAAUAGUGUGAGACUCAAAUUGAGGUGACUUCCGCUUUUUUUUCGUUUGAUUCCCCUUGUCGAUGGGAAAUUGAGGCAGCGGUUGACCAGAUGAUCCAUUGACAAGAUCACGGAUGACACAUCUGUACAUCAACAACUUCACUGCUCACUCCGAGGAUGAGCAAGUUGUGUAACUUGCAGAACGCUGAUUUGGAGCACAGUCUUCCUGCCAUUGCUUCCUCAUUUUCAUACUCCCCAGGGUUUUCUCCACAUUACUUUUCUCCUGAGAGAAGAAGGGCCAUUUCUGAUGUGCGGCGAACCUUCUGUCUCUUUGUGACUUUUGACCUUCUCUUCAUCUCACUCCUCUGGAUAAUUGAACUGAAUACUAUCAAAAGUAUCCAGGUCAAUUUAAAGGAAGAAGUCAUCCAUUACAAGUUUAAAACAUCCUUUUUUGACAUAUUUCUCUUGGCUUUUUUCCGGUUCUCGGUGCUACUUCUUGCAUAUGCUGUUUUUAAACUCCGUCAUUGGUGGGUCAUAGCGAUCACUACAUUGGUGUGCAGCACUUUCCUGAUAGUGAAAGUUAUCUUCUCAGAUCUGCUGACCAAAGGGGCAUUCGGCUACCUUCUACCCAUUGUUUCCUUUGUCCUUGCCUGGUUAGAAACAUGGUUCUUGGAUUUCAAAGUCUUGCCACAGGAGAUAGAGGAAGAACAAUGGUAUGUGGCAGCUCAGGCUGCUAUGUCUCGAGGCCCACUCUUUUACUCAGGAGCACUUUCAGAUGGCCAAUUCUACUCUCCUCCAGAAUCUGUUGCAGGAUCGGAUGAGUCAGAUGAUGAAGUUAUGGGGAAAAGGGCAGUAACUGAUGAGGAGAGAGAAUAUGUCCGGCAAGGCAAAGUAGCAAUGGAGGUGAUGGAUCAGAUCUUAGCCCAAGAAGAAAACUGGAUUUUUGAGAAAUGCACAGACUUUGGGGAUACAAUUCAUUUUCUCGAAAUGCCAUUCUAUGGCAAGGUUUUCGUCCUAAAGGCUAUUCUGCAAUGUCCAGCUGAGUUAGUAUACCAGGAGCUGAUUCUCCAACCAGAGAAGAUGGUCUUAUGGAAUAAAACUUUGCUAGCAUGCCACAUCUUGGAACGGAUUGAUGAUAACACAACUGUAUCCUAUGAUGUGGCAGCUGGUGCCGCAGCUGGUGUUGUCUCUCCUAGAGAUUUUGUGAAUGUGCGUCGGAUUGAGAGAAGAAGAGACCGGUACAUUUCAUCAGGAAUGGCAACAAUUCACAGCUUGCGCCCUCCAACUUCCAAAUAUGUCAGAGCAGAGAAUGGCCCAGGAGGUUUUGUUGCCCUAAAAUGUCCCACCAAUCCAAAUCUUUGUACCUUGUUCUGGAUACUCAAUACGGACCUUAAGGGUCGGCUUCCCCGAUAUCUAAUUAACCAAAGCUUGAGUGCCACCAUGACAGAAUUUAUGUUCCACCUGCGUAAAAGAAUUAUGGAUAUCACAUCAAGAUCUAAUUCUUAAAACUUGGUUUAACAUUGCCUUUUGAAUGUUCUGUGAACCUAUCAAGGCCCAAAGAAGUGGAUACUUCUUCCUACUAGUUGAAAAAAAAUAUUUAGCUGUCAUUCAGGAUAAAAAUGAAAAAUGAGCCUGUGGCCAGUGAUGUCAAUGAAUAGACUCAGGAAGAGGAGAUAAGAUGGUUGAUGGUUCAAAACAGAACAUAUUGAAGAGAAAAAUUAGGGCAAAAUCUUUGAGAUCUCUUGCCAAUGAUCAAAGUUAACAUUGCAGUUGUUGUGCCAAAUUAAUUCAUAAACGUAAUCACAAAGUCCUGUGGCUUAAUCCCUAAUACUUCUAUCUGUCCCUCUUUUCUCCCUUGACAUGGUCAUACUAUUUCUGACUAAUAUAAACUCAUAAACACAUCCAAAUGUGAAGAGUACCAUCAGGUAAUCCUGCAUAUGAAGUCAUUGGAGUGCUGCAGAAUAAGCCAGAUAAUUUUCUAAUCACUGUUGUAUUAAUUCUGGACCCUCCAUUUUCUUAAACAAUGAUGUAUCCCUUCAAGUCAGAGGACUGAAUUGCCCAAAAGUGUGACCAUCAUUUGACUAUGUGUCCUUGAAGUGAUGGUUUCAGGAAAUGAAAUUCCCACUAUCUCCAUUGAAUACAUGGAUUAGAAUUAUGCUUCAAAUUGGUCUUUCUGAGCUGCUGUUCUAGUUCUAUCAUGAUAUUUUUUUAAUUUCUUCUUUCCGAGAAUGUGAAGAAGGCCCCAUCUCUGUCUGCAGAACUGAACCUUCUACAGUGGCUGACAUUUCAUAGUUUGAUUAUGAUAUUCCAUCCUGUAAUGAGUAGGCUGAAGGACUUACUAAUUAAGGUAUUAUAUUCAGCUUUGUUCGGCUGACAACAUCAUGAGGCAUGUGCCGGAUUUGCCAUAAUAAUGAAUGGACCUUCUUAAAGCAAAGACAAGAGUUAUCACCAGACCAUGAGGAUUGUGCUUCCUUAAAGUGGAUACUUGUGGUCCAUCUUCUUAUCCUAACAUUUAUUUUCAAGAUGAUUCCUUAAUAAAUUCAGGUCCUGAAAAGGCUUUAGGAUAUGAACCGGACUAACAGUUCCAUCUGUCUUAUAUAUAUCUUGCCUAUCACUAUUGAAGUGAAAUCUUACUGCCUACCAUCUCUGGGAAUAAGGAAAGUCAUAAACAAGAAGCUGCUUCAAAAUAUUUUUCUUGAUUUUUUUUUUAAAUAACCUGCACCAUCAUGCAAUAUGUGAAUAUAUUCUCAUUUCAAAGGAUUAGCAAUCUUAUUUAAAUGCCUUCAGUUACUUUUACACAUUCUGGAUAUCAUUGGGAAGUGGCUUGUACUUCUUUGUUAACCUAACAGAUUUCUUUGCCUUUACACCUCAUUUAAAAAGCCACUUCAAUUAAAAAACAUGCCUUUGCUUCAAAUAUUUGAGAAUUAAUCAAAUAAAGUAAUAAUAAAAAC